AUGGGUAUUCGUCGUCUAGACUGGGACCAUUGGAUCGAACUUGACAAUCAAUGGUUACGCUUUCAUAAGGAAAAACUUGCUCGUUUAUGUGGAGAACGAGGUUCUCGUUUAUGUAUGACAGCUCCAGAAGCGUACGAUGCCGCACUCGAGACCAUGGAGUUAAUUAGCGAAUAUUUAGUUUGUCGCUAUCCUUCAUUGUUCGAAUUCGAAUCGAGUACAACACAAAAACAAAUUCGAAUCAAAGCAACAGGAGAAAUUUAUCCAAUUUACUCUGACAAUCCUCUCAAAUAUGCAGCUUUUCUAAUCCAAGAUGAUCUAGCACUGAUGAUUGAAGGAGUCGAUGGUCAGUAUUAUCUUAAAGCGGGCGCUAUUCCGCUUCCAGGUUUUUGGCGUCUAGAGGAUAAAUUCAACAUGCCACUCGCUGAAAUCCACACGUCUGGUAAUGUGCCACAAUUUCGAGAAAAGUUACAGCUAGGCAUGGAACGAUUCUUUCAAAAACUGACUCCUGAACGAGCAGUUGUUCGAUACAACUAUUCCAUUCAAACAGACGGUGAACUGUCUUGGUCAAGUUCGAUUGGAUCUGAAGAUACGUUUGGUCUCGGACGAAAAGAUGCACGAUUGAAUCCUUCUAUUGAAAGCCUACAUUUUCGUAGUGAGAGGCAGGCACUUCGACGAUUGCCACGUAGCGGAGCCAUUCUUUUCACAGUUCGUACCUAUUUUCUGCCAAUCAUCGAUAUUGCUCAAGAACCAGGUGUUCCCGGACGAUUAGCCUCAGCCCUACGAAGCUGGCCUGAUGAAAUCGUACGUCACAAGGGAAGAAAAGUCUACGAAAACGUUCUUUUGAAAUAUCUCGACGAAAAGCACGCAGAGCAGUGUGCCAAUGGUUUCGAAUUAACUAAUUUAAAUACAUACCCAUUUUAA